AUGAAUAAUCAUCACAACUCAUCAUCACUGGCAUCAUCAUCAGUUUUAUCAAAGGAUUUUCUUUGUAUCAACUUCAAUCAAGAUCAAGGAUGUUUUGCUAUUGGACAUGAAGCUGGUUUUCUUGUAUACAAUACAAAUCCGAUUGAUUUAAGAGUUAAACGAAGUUUUAAUCAACAACAAACAUUAUCAACAACGGGAACAGUCACAACCGAUGAUACUAGUGGAUCUACUAGUAAAUGUGGAAUUGGUAAAAUAUCAAUGUUACAUCGAACAAAUUAUCUUGCAUUAAUUGGUGGUGGUAAACGACCAAAAUUCCCAUCAAAUAAAUUAAUCAUUUGGGAUGACCUUAAGAGAAAGAUUAGUUUAAUAUUAGAAUUUGAAAGUCCAGUAUUAAAUGUAUUAUUAUCAAGAAUUAGAAUUGUUGUUGUAUUAAUUAAUAGAGUCAUUGUUUAUGGAUUUUCAGCUCCACCCAAGAAAUUUGCCACUUAUGAAACUAUAGAUAAUGAAUUUGGUAUCGCUGAUUUAUCAGUCAACUUAUCAACGGCGACGCCCACUGGCACUUCAAAUGGGUCAACAUCGGCACCCCCCAUGACCAAUUCAUCAUCCUCAGUAGCAUCAUUAACAUCAUCAUCGUCCUCUUCAGCCCAUAAUUCAAAUAAAUAUCAAACACUUGCAUUUCCAGGUCGAUCAGUUGGACAAAUUCAAAUUGUUGAUGUUGGACAUGAUCGGAAUUUAGUUAAUAUUAUAAAAGCUCAUAAAUCAAAAAUAAGAUGUCUUUGUUUAAAUAAAUCAGGGACAUUAAUUGCAUCAGCAUCAAUAUUGGGGACAAUCAUAAGAGUUCAUUCUACUAGGACAACAGCAUUAUUAUAUGAAUUUAGAAGAGGAUUAGAUCGGGCAAUUAUAGUAUCAAUGAAAUUUUCUCAUGAUGAUUCAAGAUUAGCAGUAUUAUCCGAUAAAAAUACUUUACAUGUGUUUAAUAUUAAUGAUCAAGAUGAACAUUUAAAUAAACAACAUAUUUUAAAUCGUAUACCAUUUAUACCAAAACCAAAUUAUCUUUUAUCAACUUGGUCAUUUGUGUGUAUAAAUACCAAUCAAUAUCAUCAAGAAUUUAAUGGGAAUGAUAUUGGAGUGAUUGGUUGGUCAGGUAAUGAUUGUAUUAUUAUUGUUUGGCAAAGAAAGAAAAUAUGGGAAAAGUAUUUAAUUCAACCUAUUCUUAAUGAUUCAAUUGAUAAUAAGAAAAGUUAUGAAAUAGUUAGAACAAGUUGGAAAAGUCUUGAAAAUGAGUGA